AUGACGGUAUUGGCCAGAACGCUGACACUUGCAUUAUGUGUCUUUUGUUUUGCAGCUGAACCGAGGACUCGAAGCGGCAGCAGAAGAGGAGGUUCAGGUGCAAAGACCAUUACGAUUGCUUACCUAUUGGACGGGAACGAUUUUGAAAACGAAGAUGCAAGACCGGACUCAAAAGUUGGAAAGUGGCUGGAGGAAGUCCAAGAAAAGGCUGAAAUGAAAUUACGGCGAGACCCCGGAGUGGAAAUUAAGUUUAACACGACGAACCGGAAUAUCACAAAUCCGGAACUUACGAAAAAUCUACUCAGCUGGACCAGUAAAGCUAGUUGCGGUAGUGAGAGUCUAAUGAACGCUGGUGUGGUCCUGGCUGAAAUAAAAGACGAAUCGACGACUUUAUCGCCCCGGCCACAUAUUAUAUGUGUCCUUACAAAACAAAGGCUCUAUCAAGGCGAUUUAAUAAAUUUGAUGGGGCUAGCACUGCACAAGUCAUUGUGCUAUACAACGGUGCCAAUGAUUUUAACGUAUGACCAAAGUUCAGACAACAUUGUGAAUACCGGAAAUCUUAUGUCUGAACUAGUUGUAAACAGCACUGCCCGUUCCAGCAGUGAAACUUGGGAUGACUACUUCAAUAUGUGCAACAGAAACAAACUGUUUAAAACCAAGUAUUUUCGACCAUUAGUCCGUUCUUCAAACUCCCAAAGGGGUCAUAAAACUUGCAAGCCGAUUCUUAAAUCCGUAUAA